GGUUAGUGCUUUCCUAUUUCUUUCUAUUUAUGAGACAAUUGUAAAUUUUUUGUAUCUUGGAUUUGACAGUGACAUUGACAGUUCUUUUGAGUCCAUUUCUCUCCCAGUGGCAUUACACGCGUUUAGUCGUAACUCUAAUAAACGCAACGAUGUCGGGAGGACUAGAUAUAUUGGCCCUCAAUGAGGAGGAUGUUACCAAAAUGCUAGCAGCAACAACUCACUUGGGUUCCGAGAAUGUCCAUUUCCAGAUGGAAACCUAUGUUUACAAGCGUCGCGCGGAUGGCACCCACGUGAUUAAUUUGCGCCGCACUUGGGAGAAGCUCGUAUUAGCAGCCCGUGCUGUGGUGGCCAUUGAGAACCCUGCUGAUGUCUUCGUCAUCUCGUCUCGUCCCUUCGGCCAGCGUGCUGUUCUUAAGUUUGCUGCCCAUACUGGCGCCACACCCAUUGCUGGACGUUUCACACCUGGCGCGUUCACUAAUCAGAUCCAAGCUGCUUUCCGUGAGCCCCGGCUUUUGAUUGUGUUGGAUCCAGCUCAAGACCACCAGCCUAUCACUGAGGCCUCCUAUGUCAACAUUCCAGUCAUUGCUUUCUGCAAUACUGAUUCUCCACUUCGAUUUGUUGACAUUGCUAUUCCUUGCAACACAAAGUCCUCACACUCCAUUGGUUUGAUGUGGUGGCUUUUGGCUCGUGAGGUCCUCAGGCUGCGUGGUACCCUGCCCCGUGACCAACGUUGGGACGUCGUGGUUGAUCUGUUCUUCUACCGUGAUCCUGAAGAGAGUGAGAAGGAGGAACAACAAGCCAAGGAACAGGCUGUGGUUGCCGCCAAGCCCGAAGUGCCGGCGGCGGUGCACGAGGAGUGGUCGGAGCCCGUGGAGCCGGUCACGUCGUGGGCGGAGGACGCCGCGCCCGCGGCCCCUGCGCCGGCCUUUGGAGCCCCGCCCGCACAGGAGGAUUGGGCUGCUCAGGUACAAGACGAGUGGAGCACCGCAGCGCCGGCCGCACCUGCAGCGGCGCCAUCUUGGGGAGGCUCCGCCAACGAUUGGAGCGCGAGCUAAAUAUAACCUUUGGUUAAUAUACUAUAAAAAAUA